UUUUGUUUCAUUCGCAUAUUUUAAAUUGAAGCAAGCGGACGUUCGUCGUACAACGCGAGUGUUCUGUUAAAAAGAAUCUAAUAAAUUAUAAAAGCAGCAAAAAAAAGAAACUAUUAAAAAAAAUAUUUUGCAUAAAUAAUUUGAGUGACUAAUUAAUGUUUAUUUUUAAUUAAACAACUUAUACAUACAAUCAAGGAAAAUAUAAUAAGAAAAUACAGUGUGAAAAAACACCGCAAACAAUUUUCUUGGGUGUAAAAAAAAUGUUAAAAAUUUUCAACUGAAAAAAAAAAAUUUUUUGCAAAAACAAUUAUAAUUUGUGGAAAUUAAUAAAAAACAAAGUGUGUAAAUAAAUUAUAGAAAACUUUGAAAUAGAAAUCAUCAUAAAAGUGUUUAAAAGAUGAGUGAAUAUACUAUAGAGACUAGACGUCGAUCUAGGUCGAAAACACCAUUUUUACGUUCCAGUUGUGAUCAUGAAAAUUGUGAUCAUGUUGGCGAUGAACCACAUGUACAUCAUCAAAAGAAAAAAAUUACAUCUUUGGCACCAAAUGUGAAAACUAUUGUUGAAGAAACCGUUGAGGUAACAUCAUCAUCCACAGUUGGAAGUGGCAAAGAUAGUCCCUCAAAAAUGGCACAAACUAAAAUCAAAACAUCCGAUUACUCCAGUGAAGAAAGUCCAGAAAAUAAAAACAAAAUUAACACCAGAACCACAACAACAACUUCCUCCUCCUCCGCAACAGCUCAAGGAUAUACACAACAACAAAAACAAACCUUAAGCGAAACACGUACAUCAACAACGGUUAUAACAAAAAGUAAGAAAUUAGGAGGAAGUAGCAGCGUUGCUACUUCAACACCAAAGGCCAGUAAUUUUGUUACAAGUUUUGCCUCACAAUAUGCUUCAAGAAGUGAGGGAGGUGGAAGUGGUGGUGGUGGUGUCAAAAGCGAUCAUAGCAGCCAACAGCGUAGAUAUAAAGAACACACACAAAAUGUAUUAAAUGCUGAAAAGGAGCUAAGCACCAGUAAAAACAAAUCCUUAAGCGGUUUCUUGGGUAAUUCAUUUGGUGAUGGUAGUCUCAAUUUAGAUGCCAGUGAUCAUAUUGCCUAUUUGGAAUACAAAAAAGCAGGAGAAUAUUGGAAAACCACCCCCAAAACAGAUUACACCUAUUCGGAAUUAUCUCCACACAGACGUGAAUUGGCACCCGGUAUUGUAGCCAUGCCCAACAUGUCCCGCCAAUCAUUGGAGAAUCAUCAUGAACGCAUCAAUUAUAUGAUACAACGUAAUCCCGCCCAAGAAGAACAAAUCAGACGUCGUUAUGAAUCCUCCAAAUAUACACAAAACAGAAGAGCAGCUGAAAGAUUAGCUUAUGAUUCUGGAGAUGAAGUUGAUUAUUCACAAUAUCAAACAUAUCGUACGAGCAGAAAUGUUUAUAAUUACAAUAACAAAUAUGAAGAAUCUUGGCUUAUGCGUUUUAUAACAACAAUUGUCACUACUCUAACAACCACCUGGUCUACAAUAACUGGCUCCAAUAGUGCUAAUACAGGUGGUGGUGGUGUCGGCAUGUAUACCUACAGCAGUUUGUAUCAAACGAAAUUAGCCGAAGAAAGGGGUUUCUUUGGUUCCAUUGUUCAUGGCAUUUCGUCCGCCUUCUUAGCCAUUGUACGCCAUCUAUAUUUGUUUAUAUCUUCCGUUUUAUGUUUGGAUACGUGGCUGCUACAAUCUUCAAAUGCUGAAAGUAAAAGCAAAAAACGUUUUUUGUUAUUUUUAUUAAUGCUGUUGCCAUUGUUAUUGUUAGCGGCUUGGUGGCUUUUGGAUGAACAAGAUCGUUUAUUAAUUGCACAACGUUGGCAUUCAUUGGUACCACUUUCACUUAUCACCACCCUUAGAAGUUCACUUUAUACCAAUAUUCAUACUCUAAAAAGCUUUAUGCCUCUAUUCGCUUCCUCGACGCACAGUGCCACUAGUCAAAAUAUGGAAGAUUUGAAAUUAUCUUUAUCGAAAUCUAUGGCACCAGAGGAAUAUGAAAAUAUUUUGAAUCACAUUAACAGCUAUAUACACCAGCUGGUAGAUGUAAAGCUACAAGAACAACAACAAAAACAAUUGGAAAAAGGCUGGGAGCUUAAUACCAAACAAACUCAAUUAAUAGUACAAAUAAUCAAAGAAAACUUGGAAGCUUUAUCCAGGCAAAAGCGUUUUAGCGACAGCUCAGCUUCACUCUCGGAUAAUGAUCUAAACCUUAUCAUACAAAAAGUUUUAUUAAAACUGGAAAAUACUCAAAGCUUUAAUAAACCUUUAAAGCUUUCCCCAGACAAUAUAGAAGAGAUUAAAAAUUUGAUAACACAAACCAUAGAAGUUAAUAAUCAUGCUCAUUAUAAAUUAAUAGUAGAAAAAUUGGAUUUAGAUGCUUUAAUUGCUAAACUUUUAAAAGCUCCUCUCUUCUCCAACUAUAUACAAUCAGAAAUCUCCUCACAACUUAAUGAUAAACUACAAGAAAAGCUAAUACUUUUACAGCAAUCUCAAACAUCGGGUGAUGAUCAUUAUAAAUUGAGUAUAGAACAACAAAAACUUAUAAUAGACAAUUUAAACAAAGAUAUAGCCUUUAUAAAACUUGCCUUCAAUGAUAAACUUGCGGAAAAUGAGGAUUUACAUUAUUCCAUCAAACAAUUGCAGCAGACUCAAGAUGCUUUACUACUACGUUUGCAGGAAUUGGAAUUGUCUACCGACCAAAAGUUUAACAAUCUUUUACAGGAAAUCACCUCAAAACUCAAUACACUCAAGGAUGAUCAAUUCUCUUUACUCAAUCAACAAGUUAAAUUAUCUUUAAUCGAAAUUUUAGGUUUUAAAGACACAACCAAAGAUGGUGCUCAACUCUCGGAGAUAGAUCUACAGAAUUGGGUACGCAAUAUGUUUGUGGCCAAAGAUUAUUUAGAAUUACGUUUGGCGGAAAUUAACAAUCGUACAAAUGAUAAAAUCAAACAGGAAAUUGAUAAAUCUGGCAUGUUCUUAAUGCGUGACAUUAGCGAACGUCUGAAACAGGAAAUUAUCAUUAGUGUAGAAAAUAAGCAAAAAGAAACUCAGGCUGUUCUUAAAGGACAAAUAAAGGAGGCUCUAUCCGAGCAAGAAGUUCGCAAUAUUGUUAAAUCUGUUUUAGCCAUUUAUGAUGCUGAUAAAACGGGUCUUGUGGAUUUUGCUUUAGAAUCGGCCGGUGGCCAAAUACUCUCCACCCGUUGUACCGAAAACUAUCAAACUAAAACGGCUCAAAUAUCAGUAUUCGGUAUACCCUUAUGGUAUCCCACUAACACGCCUAGAAUAGCCAUCUCGCCCAAUGUACAACCGGGUGAGUGUUGGGCUUUUCAAGGUUUUCCAGGAUUUUUGGUUCUCAAAUUGAACUCAUUGGUUUAUGUAACUGGUUUUACAUUGGAACAUAUACCCAAAAGUUUGGCGCCCAAUGGACGCAUUGACUCGGCACCUAGAAAUUUCACAGUUUGGGGUCUUGAGCAUGAGAAGGAUCAGGAACCAAUUCUAUUUGGUGAGUAUGAAUACACCGAUAAUGAUGCUUCAUUGCAGUACUUCCCACUACAAAAUAAAAACAUCAAGAGACCCUAUGAAAUUGUCGAAUUGCGCAUUGAAUCCAAUCAUGGACACUCUUUGUACACCUGUCUAUAUCGUUUCCGUGUACAUGGUAAACCACCGGCUGCCUAAUAUUAUAAAAGAAGAACAGUCUCAGAACAGAACCAGUCCAUACCCAUCAACAUAACUUAGCCAUAAUUGAUAAAUUUAGUUAAUUAAGUAUAUAUAUAUAAAAAAAAGCACAAUUACCAUUUAGCUAUUUCCAUGAAAAUAAUCUGUAAAUAUAAUUAUUAACUUAAAAACAAAAACCUAGUAUGUAACAUGUGCCUUAACAAAACAUACUUAAACGUUUUGUAAAUGAACAGAAUUCCUAUUUAACAAACAAAUCUAUUUUUAUUAACAAAAAAAGGCGCUUUAGUAAUAACAAAAUGUAUUUAUAAACUUGUCUCUUUAAACAACUUAAGUAUAUUUAUCAAAAAUAGUUUGUCAAGUGUUCAAUUUAGUUUAGUAAAGUGUUAAGAGUUAAUUUCUUUUUUAAUUUUAUUUAUUGCAACUACUUAAUCCCUACUUAAAUAAUCUACAAAAUAAGCUUUGUAUAUAAUUAUAAUAAUUUUAUUUAAAAGAUUUAAUAAAUCUUAAAUUUGUGCUUAAAUUUAUUUCUCAACUAAAGUUUCUCUCUAUAUAUUAAAUUAACCCUUUUUGCAUGGAUUAUUUGCAUGUUUAUUUCUAAGUUUAUGUACUAACAUAUCAAAUAUUCUUUAAAUUUAGUCAACGUAUUAUUAUUCAAUUCAAUUGUUUUCUUAAUCAUUUUGUAAACAAAUUUCCCCAACAUGAGUUUGUAACUCUCUGUCAUGUUGCGCUAAUGUUUGACGUUUGCUUCUUAAUUGUCCAUUAAAUUUUAAAGUGUUUUUGUGUAAUAUUUGUUAUAUUUUUUUGUCUUAAUUUUAAUGUAGUUUUUUUAAAUGUGCAGUGUUUAAUAAUGUUAAUUAAUAAAGUGCAGAUUUUAUGUUUU